AUGACUGUGAAACGGAAAACAAACAAGAAAGAGAUCAACGAAGAAAUUGAUAGGGAAAAUUGGUUUCCUCCUCUUAGAGAAUUCAGAGAUUUUAGCUUUCAAUUGAAUGUCAAAGAGAGAAGAUUUCCUGAUUUCCUGUCCUCAGUUCAAGAUUAUCCUUUUUCAGCAGAAAGUAAAGACCGUAUACCAAGUCCAAGAUCCCAUCUUUUUCCUGAGUACUCAUUCAAAUUGAGGAAGAUCAAUCAUGGAGCGUUUGGUCGUCUAUACGAGGAAUUGGGGGAGAAAGGCGGGGACAGGAAGUUGUUUCGGCUGGCUAAACCGAGGGAGAGGAAGGCCCGGGACCUGGACCAAGUAAGGUGCAUCAAAGACGAGGAUGGUAGAGUAUUGAUGGGAGAGUCCCACAUUAAGCAGAGAUGGCAGACGUACUUCUAUGGUCUUCUACACGAGGAGGGGGACCGGGAUAUAGCGCUAGGGGAUUUGGGGCAUUCGGAGAGUCUCCGAGAUUUUAGGUAUUGCAGGCGCAUAAAGGACGAAGAAGAUGCCGGAGGAGUGGAGGUCGAGUACAAUGGUACCAUUUACAUGGAUAAGAAGAAGGAUCUGUACAUGGUGUUUAUUUACUUGGAGAAAGCGUAUGACAAGGUCCCUAGGGAGGUGCUAUGGAGAUGUCUUGAGGCAAAGGGCGUGCCAGUAGCCUACAUAAGAGCGAUCAAGGACAUAUACGAUGGAGCUAAGACUAAGGGUAGGACUGUGGGAGGCGACUCAGAGCAUUUCCCGGCUGUUAUGGGAUUACACUAA